GACUGACGUGACAUCGGUUCGUGCAUUUAAAGUUUUUUUUAAAUAAAUAAAUGAUAAAUAUAGUAAUAUUCUCUUGGUGAUUACCAAGUAUAUAUUUCACUGAAAAUGGCUAGCUGUGGUGAAUACCUUAAAAGUCAAUUCCCGUUAAUAGACGAAGAAUUGACGAAAUAUGUCGAAGAUAUCCUGGACAACAGUGCUGGAGAGUUUGAAGAUACAGAAGAGGUGUACGAAGCCGUCGGAGAAGUUUUGCAGGGGAUUUCCGAAAAAUCUGAAGAUGAUAUUAGAGAAAUAUGUGAAAAACUCCUUCACAUGCUCCAACCGGACAAGACAAACACAAGCAAUGGACCACGGAAAGUCUUGGACGCGCCCAUUCACCUUGCCUCCAUGACGUCACAGCAGGAGCCUACCGAGGAUCUUAAGAGUAUAUGGCUCCAAACUAGGGAUGAUAAUUUGAAAGUAGAUGCUAAAAAAUUAGAAAAAGCCGAGGCGAAGUUACAGCAAAAAAAGGAAAAGCAGAAAGAGGGUAAAGCUCCAGCGGCCGCCCCCGUGCUGCAGACCGCCACCGCCUCGCAGGUCACCUCCAAGAAGGACAGCAAGCUUGAGGCCAAGGGAACCAAUCGCACACAGGAUAUUAGGAUAGAGAACUUUGAUAUCGCUUAUGGUGACAGAGUUUUACUACAAGGCGCAGAUCUCAUACUAGCAUUCGGCCGUCGCUACGGCCUGGUCGGACGGAACGGUCUCGGCAAGACCACAGUGCUGCGAAUGAUCUCAUCCAAGCAGCUGAAGAUCCCGUCACACAUCUCCAUACUGCAUGUGGAGCAAGAGGUGGUGGGGGAUGACACGGUGGCGCUGCAGAGUGUACUGGAGUGCGAUACUGUGAGAGACAGGCUGCUCAGCAGGGAGAGGGAGAUUACACAGGCGAUUAAUAACGGAUCAACAGACCCAGCCCUAUCAGCGGAGCUGACUGAAAUCUACGCACAACUAGAAGCGAUUGAGGCAGACAAGGCACCAGCUCGGGCAUCCAUCAUCCUUAGUGGUUUAGGCUUCACGCCAGAGAUGCAGGCUCGUGCUACGAAAACAUUCUCUGGAGGAUGGAGAAUGAGACUGGCUCUGGCCCGGGCGCUCUUCUCAAAACCUGACCUACUACUGCUCGACGAGCCCACCAACAUGUUGGACAUCAAAGCCAUCAUCUGGCUCGAGAACUACCUUCAGAACUGGCCCACGACGCUCCUAGUGGUAUCCCACGACAGGAACUUCCUAGACACGGUGCCCACAGACAUCCUACACCUGCACACGCAGAGGAUAGACUCCUACAGAGGUAACUACGAGCAAUUCCACAAAACGAAGACAGAGAAACACAAAAACCAGCAACGCGAGUAUGAAGCCCAACAGCAACACAGGGCCCAUACACAAGAGUUCAUUGACCGCUUCCGGUACAACGCUAACCGCGCUUCCUCUGUGCAGAGUAAAAUCAAGAUGUUGGACAAAUUACCAGAGUUAAAACCAGUAGAGAAAGAGAUAGAAGUGGUGCUCCGAUUCCCAGAGACAGAGCCUCUCUCUCCGCCCAUCCUGCAGUUGAACGAAGUCGGCUUCUACUACUCUAAGGACAAGGUCAUAUUUACCAACGUCAAUCUUGGCGCUACGCUCGAGUCCAGGAUAUGUAUUGUGGGUGACAACGGCGCAGGCAAAACGACGUUACUAAAGAUAAUAAUGGGCAUAUUAUCGCCCACGAGCGGCGCCAGGAAUGUGCACCGCGGGCUCAAGUUUGGGUACUUCUCGCAACAUCACGUCGACCAGCUCGAGAUGAACGUCAACUCCGUUGAGCUGUUGCAAAAGAGCUAUCCAGGCAAAACGAUAGAGGAAUACCGACGGCAACUGGGCAGUUUCGGCGUCAGCGGCGACCUCGCGUUACAAACCAUCGGCAGUCUCUCCGGGGGACAGAAGUCUCGAGUGGCCUUCGCUAUCAUGUGCAUGGGCAACCCCAACUUCCUAGUGCUUGACGAACCGACGAAUCACUUGGAUAUUGAGACUAUUGAGGCGCUUGGCAAGGGGAUCAAUAAAUACACUGGCGGCGUGAUCCUCGUAUCCCACGACGAGCGGCUAAUACGAGUGGUGUGCAAGGAGCUCUGGAUCUGCGGCAACGGCUCCGUCGCCAGUAUAGAAGGCGGCUUCGACGAAUACCGCAAGAUCGUCGAGAGAGAACUCGCCGAGCAGAAUAAAUAGCAGAAUGACCCGACCGUAGCCGAGGUCAGCAGUUGUCAGCGAUCAUAGUUUGCAUGCAAAGUCUGAGGAAAUCGUGUACUGUAUCUUGACGUAAAGUACAGGUAUAGGAUUCUGGGACGCUACAAAUUAUGUGCAAGUUGCGAAAUUUGAAAGUUACAAAAAUGGUAGUCACCGAUAAUAACAUUGCACAAUCAGAAAGUUGCAAGAAUAUCUGACAGAAUCUUAUUUCUAGAGCCAUAAGGUGUCAAACAUUUGCCAGUGACUAGAUACUUCCUCUGAUAUAUCUGGAAAUUAUGUAUAUUUUCCCAGUUUAGUUAUUUUGGAAAAUUUUACAUCGAUAGUCGUGAAAGUGGUUUCUUUAAAGUUGGGAAAGCCCUCACAAACCUGAGAAUUUUGCUUCUGAAUGAAAAUUCCUUUACUUCUUCCAUGGUUUCUUGACUUUAUUUUUAAUUUUCACGCAACUUGCAAUUUGUAUUGACCUGAUUCGCCUGAUUUAGCCCGCGGAUUGUACGCGUUGACUGCCAGUGGGUGCAAUAUGUUUGGUAUAACUUUUAUUUACCUAAGUCUAAA